AGCAAACGUUGGUUUUAAAUACUCCCAGUUUGUGUGUUGGAAGAGAGGCACCAAUUACCAAACGGAGAGAGAGAGAGAGAGAGGGAGGGAGAUCGACCCCUAUAUAAGAUUCCAAGUUUUGUUCACAUAUUUGUCCAUUGAGAACGGCCUUGGCUUUUUACCUUAUCACAACUCUCCAACUUCACUCUCUCCUUUUUUCUUUUUCUUUUUUUGGGGGGAGGACUAAUAACUGACCUACUAUUUGUUUAUUUUUCCCAUCUACGUCUAGUAACUGACUAGUCUUAAUUCCCUCUCACCACCUCCCUGAAGGCCCGCUCCCUCGCUCUCCAGACUCGACUGUUUAGGCUCCUCACUUCUCAUGCAAUGGCUAUUGAUUGUAUGAUCACAACCAAAGCAUCCGCGUCCGAAAUCAUGUCAUCGUCCAAUCCCGAACGCCUGGGCCAGCAGCAAAACCCGCUGGUAUUCGACGCUUCCGUCCUGCAGCACCAGACUAGCAUUCCCACUCAAUUUAUAUGGCCUGACCACGAGAAGCCAAGUCCCAAUUCCCGGGAACUUGCCGUCCCGCUCGUUGACUUGGGCGGCUUUCUCUCGGGAAGCCCCUCUGCUGCCAAGGAAGCCUCAAGGAUCGUCGGCGAAGCUUGCCGGAAGCACGGUUUCUUUCUGGUAGUGAAUCACGGGGUGGAUGCUGGUCUAAUAUCGGAUGCCCAUCGAUGCAUGGACUCCUUCUUUGAACAGCCACUUUGCGAGAAGCAAAAGGCUCAGAGGAAGGUGGGCGAGCAUUGUGGCUAUGCUAGUAGUUUCACUGGCCGCUUCUCCUCCAAGCUUCCCUGGAAGGAGACCCUGUCUUUUCAAUUCUCUGCGGCGAAAGAGUCAUCCCACAUCGUUGAAGAGUAUUUUGAGAAGACAUUGGGCCAUCAAUUCUUGCACCUUGGGGGGGUUUACCAAGAAUAUUGCAAUGCGAUGAGCACCCUUUCGCUGGGGAUCAUGGAACUACUGGGGAUGAGCCUGGGAGUAAGCAGAGAGAGUUUUAAAGAAUUCUUCGAAGAAAAUGAGUCAAUAAUGAGAUUGAAUUACUACCCGCCGUGCCAGAAACCAGAGCUCACACUAGGAACCGGACCUCACUGCGAUCCGACAUCCCUAACAAUCCUCCACCAAGACACUGUGGGCGGGCUUCAAGUAUUUGUAGAUGGGGAAUGGCGCUCCAUUGGUCCCGACAUGAACGCUUUUGUUGUCAACAUAGGCGACACUUUCAUGGCACUCUCGAAUGGAAGAUACAAAAGUUGCUUACACCGGGCAGUGGUAAACAACAAAACUCCUAGGAAGUCACUAGCCUUCUUUCUGUGCCCAAAGGAGGAUAAGGUGGUGAGCCCACCAACCGAAUUGGUGGAUUCCAACAACCCUCGGAUAUAUCCCGACUUCACAUGGCCGAAGCUCCUCGAGUUUACGCAGAAGCACUACAGAGCUGACAUGCACACCCUGCAGAUGUUCUCAAAUUGGCUUCAACAGAAAAACAUCUGAACAAAAAGGGGGAAAAAAGAACCCAACAAACAAAAAUUUGGAGUUUCAGUUUGUAAGAGAACGGGUUGUAGACUUGUAGUGCGAACGUGCGUCGUCCCACGUAGUAGUUCUUUUCCUGUGAGCUCAAUCAUUGUCCCAUACGUGGGCCGGAUGAGGAUGAUGUUGAAAGGAUAGAGAAACAACUGAUCAGGAGGUAAAAGAACCAAAAAAAAAAUAAAAUGAGAAGAUCUUGGUAGCCAGGUGAAUGGUCGAAUUGGAUUGAACUUCCAAGGCAGGCAGGGGUGAUUGUUUUACAAUGUCAAAAUUUUGGACAACAUACCACUACUAGCUAGUGUACAACUGAAAAAAUCUAGGGGAAACGCCAGUUUUUUUUUUUCCGCCCCUCUUGAUCGGUAUAUGUCAAAAAGUUAGAGUUAAAUGAAAAGUAGAGGAGAGAUAGUGAAAGGGAAGUAGUAAUGAAAAAUAAAAAGUUCUAUCAUCAAAUUUUGUAAUUUUCUUUGACCGAUGGUGUUCCAUGAGUCUGUCAAUUAACAGCA